ACCAGAGAAGAAGAAGUCAUCCGGCUUCUCCUGGAACUAUGGCGGCCGCCUUGAGAGGAACGUUAGUAACAUUGGCCAAGGGCUUGGGAGGUGUCCGCCUGCAUCAGCUGGCCACUCGACCACUAAGUGUCUCAGCAAGUCUUUGUGGAGCUGAAACCCCACUAGCCCGUGCUGAUGGUAUCUUCAAAGUCACCAUGGUUCCAGGGGAUGGAGUAGGACCUGAGCUGAUGACCUCGGUCAAGGAUGUCUUUAAGGCAGGUGACAUCCCUGUUGAAUUUGAAGAGUUCCAUCUCAGUGAAGUCCAGAACAUGGCCAAUGAGGAGAAAUUAGAGGAAGUGUUGACCUCAAUGAAAAACAACAGAGUGGCAAUUAAAGGAAAGAUUCACACACCAAUGGAGUACAAAGGAGAGUUGGCAUCUUUUGAAAUGAAACUAAGGCGUAAACUGGACCUGUUUGCUAAUGUGGUCCAUGUGAACAGCCUGCCGGGCUACAGCACUCGCCACAACAACCUGGACCUCGUCAUCAUUCGUGAGCAGACUGAGGGGGAGUACAGCUCCCUGGAGCAUGAGAGUGUUCCAGGUGUGAUCGAAUGUUUGAAGAUCAUCACCAGGGAGAAGUCACGGCGCAUCGCUAAGUUUGCCUUCGACUACGCCACUAAGAAGGGUCGAAACAAGGUCACAGCAGUUCACAAAGCAAAUAUCAUGAAAUUGGGGGAUGGCUUAUUUCUGCAGAGCUGUGCGGAGGUGGCAGAGCUGUACCCUAAAAUCAAAUAUGAGACCAUAAUCAUUGAUAACUGCUGCAUGCAGCUGGUCCAAAACCCUUACCAGUUUGACGUCCUGGUCAUGCCCAACCUUUAUGGGAAUAUCAUUGAUAACCUGGCAGCAGGUCUGGUUGGCGGAGCCGGAGUCGUUCCAGGGGAAAGCUACAGUGCAGAAUACGCUGUUUUUGAAACGGGAGCUCGACACCCCUUUGCACAAGCAGUGGGAAGAAACAUUGCCAACCCCACAGCAAUGCUCCUCAGUGCUGCAAACAUGCUGAAACACCUAAACCUGGAGUACCACUCUCAAAUGAUAUCAGAAGCUGUCAAGAGGGUCAUCAAACAAGGAAAGGUUCGAACACGAGACCUUGGAGGGUACUGCACCACUGGCGACUUUGUGCAUGCAGUUGUGGAGAACCUGCGUCACCGACCCGCUCAAUAAGACCCCCCCUUCCACACUCCUCACUCAUGUUGCCCCAGAUGUGGACCAUGAUCCUAACAUGACCCGAGGACAUGUUAAGACUGAACCCCCCCACUCCUCUCCAUGUUGUAUCCCAUAUGUGUUUCGCUGCUUUGACAUUAGUGGCCUCCAAUGUUUCUACUUCAUGUAUUUGUGAUUGAGGUGGUGUAAAAGCAGUGAUUUGUGACCCAUUUUGUGAAAGAAAAUACACAGUUGCAGCUUUCCAUCCCACAUUUUGGUCCUCUGUUUUCUCUCCCUGCUUACUGUCCGUUUACCUCCAUAGUCACCGGCUCUUUUUUGUCUUCAUUGGAUCAUCAAGAUUAGCAAUUCUGGGUUAAACUAAUGUGUGAAAUUAU